AUGAAUUCGCUUCAGGCUGGUAGCGGCAUGAUGAAGGUUCCGAGUAAAGCGCUAAGGACUGUGCAAAUUAACGCAUCAGAAAUCACAAAUGGGAAAAAGUGGUUCGAACCCGACCUCUCUGCCUCUCAACUUCCCCUGUUCACGCUUGGGCAACCUGGCAGUAUCCCAGCCCUCGUGCUUCCUUCAGAUGACAUGGCUGCUGGGCACCUGAAGGGUGCUACAGCUGAACGUUUCUUACGUCUAUUGGAGCAAAGAUAA